UUUCUCUCUAUUCCCUCUCUCUCUCUCUCUCUCUCUCUCUCUCUUUCCAAUGAUAUUUAAUGGCGGGUCUUCUCUCUGUUUCUUCAUUCCCUCUUUUCAGGUUAUAGACUGACCUGAAGAAGGGGGAUUGUUUUGGAAUGGAGGAGCCGGGGCAGCUGAAACGGGCAGCGAUAGAUGCUACAGCGGGGGCAAUUGCCGGUGGUAUAUCACGGACGGUUACGUCGCCGCUUGACGUAAUUAAGAUCAGAUUUCAGGUCCAAAUCGAGCCCACAUCUUCUUGGGCCUUGCUUCGGAGCAAUUGGUCCGGAACAUCAAAAUACACUGGAAUGUUCCAAGCAACAAAGGACAUAUUUAGGGAGGAAGGCUUAGCAGGUUUUUGGCGUGGAAAUGUCCCAGCUUUACUUAUGGUUAUGCCUUAUACGGCCAUACAAUUUACCGUGCUACACAAAUUUAAAACAUUUGCUGCUGGUUCUUCCAAGACAGAGGAUCACGUCCAAUUGAGUCCUUAUCUGUCCUAUGUCAGUGGAGCCUUAGCAGGGUGUGCAGCCACCGUUGGAUCAUAUCCCUUUGAUCUUCUACGAACCAUAUUAGCUUCACAGGGUGAACCGAAGGUGUAUCCAACAAUGAGGUCUGCGUUUGUUGAUAUAGUUGCAAAUCGUGGCUUCCGAGGGUUAUAUGCUGGAUUGUCACCAACACUGGUUGAGAUUAUUCCUUAUGCUGGUCUGCAAUUUGGCACCUAUGAUACAUUUAAGCGAUGGUCUAUGGCCUGGAACAGGUAUAGAGCUGCUAAUUCAAGCUUAACUGAUACAGAAAAUGGACUUUCAAGCUUUCAGCUUUUCCUCUGUGGGUUGGCUGCAGGGACUUGUGCCAAACUUGUCUGUCAUCCACUUGAUGUGGUCAAGAAAAGAUUCCAGAUCGAAGGACUACCAAGGCACCCCAGAUAUGGUGCUCGAGUCGAGCAUCAUGCUUAUAGAAAUAUGUUGCAUGCACUUCGCCAAAUCUUACUGUUGGAGGGUGGGGCUGGUCUUUAUAAAGGUAUAGUCCCAUCAACAGUCAAAGCUGCACCAGCUGGUGCUGUAACGUUUGUAGCUUAUGAAUACACAUCAGACUGGUUAGAGUCCAUUUGGACGUGACAGUAACCCUCCCGACUUUCUUUAUCCCUUUUCAUCCUUUUUUUUUUUUUUUUUUUCAAUAUUUUUUCGUAUGGAAAUAUUUAUUUACUUUUCAUAGAUGUCAAGGAUGGGGGAAGUAUACUUAUUCGAUUUAGAUGCAGUCAUAUGGCAAUAGGCCAUAGAAAAAAUAUACAUACUUGUAAGAGAUGGCAAAAAGUUGUUGAGGCUAGGGCUAACCUAAUUUUUGGUGGCUGUAUUUGAGAUGUUGAACGGUAAAUUUAUUUUAAAAAAAUAUCAUUGCUUA